UCCCCCUACUCCAAGCCACCUCUCAUCUCUGCCUGCCAAGAAUUGCAAGCUUAUCACACAGCAGAGAGAACAGAGAAGAGAGGGAGGCAGCCAGAGAGCACUAGCUCCAAGCCAUGAGGCCGCUGGCAACAAGUGCGUCGUCCAGGCCCACGCCGACGCCGACACCGCCUGCGGCGCCGCCACCGGCUGCCGCGGCUCUGCCGUCCUCGCCGUGGCACUCGCCGGUGCCGUACCUGUUCGGCGGGCUGGCCGCCAUGCUGGCCCUCAUCACGCUGGCGCUCCUCAUCCUCGCCUGCUCCUACUGGAAGCUCAACAACUACCUCGGCACCGGCGGCGGCGACGCCGUCUCCUCCGCUCCCGGCGCCACGGACGGCGGCGGCGGCUCCAAAUCGCCCGCAGCCGCGGCCGCGGCCUCCCCGGCUGUCUUCUCCGACCUCGUCGCCGUCGUCAUGGCCGGGGAGAAGACGCCCACGUUCUUGGCCGCGCCGAUCGUCCGCCAAGCGCGCGGUAAUAACAGCGACGACACGGCCGCUGGAGAAGAAGGAUCGCCGGAGACGGAGGAUCAGGAGAAGCACCGCGGCACGGCGGGGGAGGGGGAGAGCGGCGCGGUCGCCGACGAUACCGAGCGUGACCGGCAGCUAGAUCACGUGUGAACUGUGAAAGGAGAAGAGAGAGCAAGUUUCAGGGCGGCCUUCAACAUUAGGAUCAAGCUCCAUCGGUCACGAUGUCUUCUUCAAUUUCUAGCCUUCAAGAUAGUGAUUACCAUCCGGCGGGACUUGGCCGUGCCGUCCCCGCAUCCGCAACCACCAUUGGGACUAGCUCUAGCAAUGGAAAGAUCGACUACCUGAUUGAGACUGUGCCAGACAUGGGCUUGUUGCCGCGUCUUCACGUACAUUGAUAGUAAAUCUCAAUACUUCAUAUUUGGUAAAUAGGACGCACGUUAUUGAAUUAUGUAUAUUAUUAUUUUUCAGGAGCUGUUUUUAGUAGCUAGCAUAUAAAUGCUUCGAAUUAGGUAAUGUAAUUUGGAAAACGGAAACAAUCAAAUUGAAUGAUACCUUCUGCAGAAAAUUUGUUCAAAGAAUGGUCCCUAAAUACCGCAUUGUGUGGGUAUUUUAGUUCUUGACUUCCACUUAAAAUCUUUCAUAAGUUUUUUUUACUAUGGUUUUUUUUCCGUUUCAUUACAAGAAUGACGUAUUCGUACAUACCACUCUCACAUGCUACCUGCUUUAAUAUAGGGAGUUUAUAGAAGACGGGAGUUUUGAUGCGUUAUUCAUUGCAGCUUCGCAAAUCCAGGAAAAGUUAAGCGAGAGACAGGAAGCGUUACCCAGCUUUCGGUCGGAAAGGUUGCUAAUUUUAUGAGGUGGCAACGGAAGAAUCAGAAGCUGCUUCGCCUCGGUGACGACGUAGAGACGGUCGGUGUAUACAGUAUACGGUUGUUUGAUCGUCAAAAGAGCAGGGUUUCAAUGCACACGUAUAGUACUUCUAAUCAUAAAGCCUAUAAUUUAUAUAUGUAUGUAUUGACAGCACAAUAUGACAUUUCUAGUUUACAUUAUGAAAACUACGCUUUAUAACAUUAACUCUUUUUAUUUGUGGAAAUAACUUUUUAUAUAUACUAGUAGUCAAAGUUAAAAAAGUAUAACUUAGGACAACAAAUCUAGAUGGACAUGUUUAAUUAAAUCCCGCAAAAAAAAACCGUGAAUAAUGAAAUUAUCAUUACCUUCAGUUUAUAAAUUUAGUUUUUUAAAUUCCUAUUAUUUGUAGCUGGUUUCAAUUAGCACAAGCUUGUUGGUGUACGUUUCAGGUAACCUAGUGCGAGAGAAGGGAAACGUUCCAGCUGAACGGAACCUUUUUGCAGAAAAUAUGGGUGUAGUGAAGCAUGGUGCCAAAAUACGGCGUUACGUGUGUUUCUAGUCUUGACUUGCACUCAAAACCUUCCCUGUGGUAAUUACCAGAUUGGUGUGAAAUGCUUUGGGUUUCACAUGGAAAAGACAGACCUUCUUUAUGCAUUACUCAUUGCAGCUAGGCAAAUCCGGGAAAGCACCCCCGUUUUCCGGUUGGCAAAAGGUUGCUUGACUACAUGGUUGGCAACAAAAGCACACCACCCUUCCCCAAUUAACAGCCACUAGAACCACAUGCAGAAGAUCUUAUUAAUUCGUUGAGGCCUCAUUUAGAAUAAUGAUUACACGAUGAAAUGAUGCAUUAUUCUGAACCAUAUAUAUAACGUGACAUAUUAAAGCUACCCAUCAUUUUCGUUGAUGUUUCCUCUUUUUUGUACAUAUUUUUUUGUUGGCGCUUCAUGGCAACGACCAAGAGUUUUCCACAGACCAAAUUAUGAGUGCGUACCAUAGUUCAUGGCAGUACUUCACAUAGACUUGAUUUAAUUUAUUGAACGACUUGGUCUACAACCAGGUGAUGAUCUGCAGUUCUGGACCCUUUGAUUCACAUGUGCACGACAACUAUAACGGAUCCGGCAUAGGCAGCGCCAUUUUGGAGAUGUAGCAGCACUAAAGAUCAUUGUUUAACUACUAACUCUACUCUUAAAAUGAACAGAGGUUGCAUUGUGUUAUAUAUAAUACAGGACUCUCCAUAAGACUCCUGCCCAGCGUCGACGGUUAAACAGGGAUCGGAGAUUCUUGACGCUAAUAUUUUGCAAGAGAAAAAAUUGAAGCCGAUGAAGUCCCGGGGGGAAUCGUCUGAGCACGUGAGUCAAGGGUGGUCAAACAUAUAAUAACAGAUGAAGACCACGUGGACUCAAUCAACGGGUGGCUAAAAAGGAAUCGAUCGGACUAGGAGAUGAUAUCAGCAGAAGAUCCCGCGGGAGUUCAUUUUUUAAUAAAGUCUUAUAGAUAUGGUAGUUUUUAGUUUAAAAGUCAAGUUUGUAACAUAUUGUAAUUGAUCAGAAGUCUUAGACAAGGGUUUAAAUAGAGGCA